AUGGUGGCCGAAACUCCCGAAGUUCCCUCCUUUAUGGGCGUGCCAAUGAAGCACUUAUCACUUGUUACAUUAACAUUUCAAAACUCGGCAUUGAUACUUAUAAUGCACUACUCCCGCAUCAUGCCCAUGACAUCUCAACAUCGAUACUUUACCUCAACAGCAGUAUUCCUCAAUGAAGUUAUCAAGCUUGCUAUCUGUGUCUGGGUUGCGCUUCGGGACCGCCGUAAAAUAGAUGGCCCAACAACUAUGAUGUCUCAGUCUGUAAGACAACUCUACACCGAGGUCUUUCGCCCAGAUAACUGGAAGCUGGCCAUCCCAGCAUGUCUUUACACACUUCAGAACACUCUUCAAUAUGUUGCCGUGUCUAAUCUGGAUGCUGCGACUUUCCAAGUCACUUAUCAGCUUAAAAUUCUGACUACUGCUCUAUUUAGCGUUACAAUGCUACAUAGGGGUCUUUCUUUGAGGAAAUGGGUAUCUUUAGUACUGUUGACAAUAGGUGUUGCAAUUGUCCAGCUGCCUUCUCCUGGUUCUUCGACGCAAUCACAGUCCUCAGGAAGCACUGAUGCUAGCCACCAGCGCCGUUCAGCACCUUAUGAUGGUACCCACAAUGAUAAUUCUGCAGAGCUCCAAAUGAACCGAGCAGUUGGGCUAUUUGCCGUCGCAAUUGCGUGCACGAUCUCUGGUUUAGCAGGUGUAUACUUUGAGAAAGUUCUCAAAGGUUCAAGCGCAACUCUCUGGGUCCGGAACAUUCAGCUUUCGUUUUAUUCACUAUUCCCCGCCUUUUUUAUUGGAGUCGUGUUCGUAGAUGGGUCGGAAAUCAUGCGUAGGGGAUUUUUUGACGGAUAUAAUGGCGUGGUAUGGACUGCAAUUGCGUUCCAAGCUGCUGGGGGAAUUGUUGUGGCACUUUGUGUGAAUUUUGCGGAUAAUAUUGCCAAGAACUUUGCAACUAGCAUUAGCAUCUUGAUUAGCUGUUUGGCGAGCGUUUAUUUCUUCGAUUUUGAGGUUACCAUUAAUUUUAUGAUUGGUUCCGGCGUUGUUCUUCUGGCUACAUGGCUUUACUCAAAGCCCGAAUCUAAUGCUGCAAACGAUUAUAUUCCGCUUGAGAAGACAGAGGUUGAAACUGUAUUUGACAAUAAGGAAGCUAUUCUCUCUGAAGAUGAAGCAUCUAAUCCCGCGGAGGUAUUCAAAAGGCAGGAUUGA